CAACGGGUGGUUGGUUCGGAGACCUUCUCAGACGAUCUCGGUUCAUGGAGUGGAUGGUUCUCAGCGCUGCUCGGUUUCCCCCAGGAGCAUCAGGAGCUCCAUUGUUCUCAGCUGGAAAUUGCAAGAACUUGUAGUUAACAGCGGCCCAUUCCACCCAGGGCUGUUGUCCACCUGCUUUGGGCUUGAACCUCCAAUAGAAGGAUGGCUUUUCCACGUUACUGUACCCGAUCAAGACACGGAAGACACGUACUUUUUUCUGUCCCUGCAGUACUCAGUCCGCUUUCUUGAAUCGAUCUCAUUCAGCCCCCCUGAACUCAGAACUCCCCACAAAUCUAAUCUAAUCUGAUCCUUUGCCCUCUGAAACAAAGAUCUCUGAGAUCUUCGGCAAAGAUCUUGAGCCCUGACCAAACAAGUUCUCAAACCUGAACCCGAAAUGCUCUGAACCACCCCCUGACCCGACCACCGAAUCUGGCCGACCUUCAUGGCUCGAUCGGAGCGACUGGGGCACCGCGGUGUGGGUGGCCGAUGACGAAGUUGGGGGCACGGGGGCGGGCGAUGGUGAUGAAGGACGACUUCACUUUGGUUAAUUCGGCCUCAAAGAAGAAGGCCCUCGAAGUUGCGCGGGAAGCCAAUCUGGAGGUGCUGAACCAGCAUGGGCAGACGCUGAUGUUCGCCGCGGCGGGGCGGCCGAGCAGCAAGGGCGGCGCCGAGGAGAUUUGCCAGGUCUUAGAGGCCCGAGGACUGGAUCCCUCGGCUCGCGAUGUGUAUGAUCAGACCCCUCUCUUCGCUGCUGCCCAGGAGGGCAACCUCCAAUGUGCUUCAUGGCUGAUCUCGCAGGGCUGCCACGUGAACCACUCGGACUUGAGAGGACAAACGCCUCUCUGUAUCGCCUUCAGGCACAGUCAAAUGGAGAUGGUCCUGAAGCUCACCAAUGAACUUGGCGCCUCCAUGCACCCAAAGGACCUUCAUGGCCGUCGGCCGCCCUUCUUUGGCAACCCCAUCUUCCGCAAGGCCUUCAUCGCCAAGCGCAAGAACCAACCGGAGACGCCCUCGCCCAAGCGCCGGCGCCUCGAGCGCGAGGACUCCACGGCGCUCUGGAAGCGUUUCCGCGGGGACUUGGCGUAUCGCUGCCAGGGCCCAGAGGUCAUGCGUGAGUGGGCCUUCCUAGAUGAGGACGUUCCAGAUGACACAGUUCCCAAGAACUGUCAGGUCUGGGCUUCCAACAAUGAGUAUGAAGUGGUCGUCCCACCACCCGAAGCUACACCACGAAUUCGAGUGCUUGAGAGGGAGUUCCUGUUAGACCACGCCGACUACCUCGCCGGGUACGAGCUCUGCCGCGCCAUGUCGCCCGACGAGUGGGCGGACUUCAGCGGCGUGCCCGUCAACGAGCCAGACGCUCACAAGAUCAUUUGGAACCUCCUGAAGCCCGAAAAGUUCUCAGACGUGCUUCUCGUGGCGGUCGACAAGGCUUUUCGAGAGAUCCACGGUUAUAUCCACCUGCGAUUGGAGGAGCCAGCCAUGGAGGUCUGCUAUUUGAAGGUGCAACGUGAGAUGCAGCGGAAAGGUCUAGCGCGGAUGUUGAUUGAGGGCGGCAUCCAAUCCGCGCGCGCCAGGGGCUGGAAUUUUCAAGAGAUGUAUUUGAACGUGGCGUUGAAGAACAAUGCAAUCGGCUUCUACGAGAAGAUGGGCUUCAAGCCCGUCGGCCCGGCGCGGAAGCCGCGGUCCGUCUUUGCCGAGUGGACGACGAUGAGGAAGCCGACGCCGGCGCCCGUCGUGGCCGUCGCUGCGGCCGCGCCGGCCGCGCCCGCCGUGGACGUGGUGGAAGUGCCGCCCUGAGGACACCAUCGGUUCGACAUCACCAUUCCAUCUGAGGCCGCCAGACGGCCCACAUGGCGGCCACAAUUCAAGAACGGCCAGUGCUGGUCGAGACUGAGCCUGACACCUGAUUCUUGUUUUUUUUUCUUUGUCCUUGUUUGGAAGACGUGCUUUCAGUUGGAUCUAUGAUCUAUCCAACUUCCAUGCGCAACUAUGAUUUGGCCCAAACGGGCGCAGGGGACACAGAUCUUCCCCUUGCAGGACUCCUAGGAUGUCCUGCUCUCGGGUGAUCCUUUUGAAGCAGCUAUAUAUUGCUAU